CAAUACGGUGUGAUUCUCGAUGCCGGCUCUUCGGGCACCCGUGUGUACGUUUACAAAUGGAAGGAUCCUAGCAAGGCCCUGAAGGAAGCCUCUGUCGAGGAUGCACACAUACUGCCGAAGCUGAAGCUUCGCAAGAGCAAGAAGAUACACCCUGGAGUGUCAACUUUUGCCGAGAAUGUCGCCGCUGUCGGACAUGAUCACUUGAAAGCGCUCGUUGACACCGCGCUCGACGAGAUACCGGAAUCUCAAGUCGCCGAGACGCCCAUCUUCCUCCUGGCAACCGCUGGCGUUCGAUUCCUGCCGAAGCACCAACAGACUGCGCUGCUACAAGGGAUCUGCACAUACCUUAAAGCCACAACGCGAUUCCUACUCCCGGACUGCGCGAGCCAUAUCCAGGUCAUAUCUGGCGAGACGGAGGGCCUGUACGGUUGGAUCGCUGCCAAUUACCUGCUCGGCGGCUUCGACAAACCCGAUGAGCAUGCGCAUGGCAAAGGCCACCACACCUAUGGCUUCCUAGACAUGGGCGGUGCGUCAGCACAGAUUGCCUUUGCACCAAACGCAACCGAGACGGAAAAGCAUUCGAAUGACCUCAAGCUGGUUCGACUACGCCGGCUGGACGGCUCUCCCCUCGAGUACAAGGUGUUUACGGCCACAUGGCUUGGGUUCGGAGCCAACAAGGCGCGAGAACGAUUCGUCGAAAGUUUGCAGGAGCAGUAUGGUGGUGCGAAGGGCGACAUUCCGGAUCCCUGCCUACCAAAAGGCUUGCGGACGACAGUUACGGGCGAGCCCCUUGGCAACAAGCAGUCGUCAGAUGUCGCGCUUGUUGGCACAGGCGCUUUCGAAGAAUGUCUACGCAAAACGUAUCCCUUGCUGGGCAAGGACGUGCCCUGCGAAGACGAUCCGUGUCUACUCAACGGCCAGCAUGUGCCCGCCAUUGACUUUGAUGUGAACCAUUUCAUCGGCGUCUCCGAAUACUGGCAUACGACACAUGGCGUCUUUGGUCAGGAGAGCAAAGUCUACGACCUGAUCGCCUACGAACAAGAGGUGAAUGCAUUUUGCAGCCAAGACUGGUCGGUUAUUGAAAGCGGGCUUGACAAGAGGAAGAAGACAAUGGAAGAGAAGGCAGAGAAUGCUAGGGAGGCCUGCUUCAAGGCGUCAUGGCUUAUCAACGUGCUUUACGAGGGCAUUGGCAUUCCGCGGAUCGGCCUAGGGGAUAUUGCCGGCACCCACCCAAACGUGACCAAGGGAGCUGGAGGAAAAGCCAAAGACAAGGGUUACCUGGACCCGUUCCAGCCCAUUGAUACGAUUGGCGGCGUCGAGGUAAGCUGGACUCUGGGCAAGAUGGUUCUCUACGCAGCCGGACAAAUUCCUCCCAAAGGCUCAGAGCUGCCUGUUGGAUUCGGAAGCAAUACAGGAUUGGAGAUUCCCGCCGAUUUCGAGUUUGCUGGAUCCAAACCCUUGCUGCCUAGCCCUCACGACAACGAUGACGACGAUGACGACGACGACAUCCUCAUUAGUCGGUCUUCACCUCUUCGCGGUCUGCUGGUACUACUUUUGAUUCUCCUCCUCAUCGGCUAUUUCGUGAAACGAACCGACUGGGGGCCUAGAGUUUUGGGCAAGUUCCGCCGUUUCCGUAAAGCCAGAAGCUCAUCAUUUGUGAGGAGGCUGUUUGGUAGGAACUCGAGUACUGCCUACGAACGGAUAUUGGAGGAAGGCGAUGCGGCUGAUUUCGAGCUCGGGGGUACGGAGUCUGACGAAACCGAUGGCUCAGAGGGCGGCGAGACACCAAGGUCUGCCAGUGGCACUCGCCGGCCUGGCCUGGCCGUGACGCGAACGAGUCCCGAGCGCUUCGACGGGGUGCGGCCGCCAUCGGUCAUGGACAGGCACGGGCUCGUUGUGCGGACGGAGAGCUGCGAGCGGCUUGCCCCGAACCUUCAGAUGCUGAACGCUGGCCGUCGCAGCAGGACGGGAAGCCCGACGCGGCUGAAGAAAUCAAUCAUGAUACCCCAGGAAAGCUAG